GGCACAGGCUACUCAGGAGCUCAGGAGCAGCAUCACAGGCAUCUCGGGUCGGAACACUGACAAGAACCAUGAACAGCAACGGCUUCCCAGGGAGCGACCUGAAUGUCACUGGGCUUGACUUCGUCAAGAGCCAGAACUGCCGCCUGCACCACACGGAUGGUUACACCAUCAGCAACCUGGUGGUGCGGCGUGGGCAGCCCUUCCAGCUGCUGCUCACCUUCAGCAGGGACCUGCAGGCUUCCGACAAGCUCUCGCUGCACUUCAGCAUCGGUGAAAACCCCAUGAGAUCCAGGGGCACACUGAUGUCGCUGAACCCAAGGAGAGAGGAGGAUCUCAGCAGGUGGCAGAUCUCCAUCAUCAAGAGCAGUGGCAAAGAGUGCCUAAUGUCUGUCACCAGCUCACCAUUGGCCCCAGUGGGAAAAUACACCCUGACAGUAAAGACUGCAAAUAACAUUUACAAGCCCCAGAACGGUGAAAUCUACCUUUUGUUCAAUCCUUGGUGUGCAGAUGAUGUUGUUUUCAUGGCUGAUGAGGCACAGAGGAAGGAGUACGUGCUCAAUGACACAGGCUACAUCUAUGUUGGGUCUGCAUACAAGAUUUACAAUAAACCAUGGAACUUCGGGCAGUUUGAGGAGUUCGUCUUGGAUGCCUGCAUGUAUCUGCUGGACAAAAGCAAGCUCAAGAUGAGCAAUAGAAGAGAUCCUAUAUUGGUGUCCAGAGCCAUGUCUGCUUUGGUUAAUGCCAAUGAUGACAACGGUGUCCUGCUGGGGAACUGGUCAGGGAAUUACAACAAAGGGACAUCCCCUCUGGACUGGAUCGGGAGUGUCUCUAUCCUGCAGCAGUAUUACAAAACAAAGCAGCCGGUCCUUUAUGGUCAAUGUUGGGUCUUCGCAGGAGUCCUCACUACAGUGAUGCGCUGCUUGGGGAUCCCAUCCCGCUGCGUGAGUAACUUCAACUCGGCACACGACACGGAGGAGAACCUGAGAGUGGACAUUUACCUGAAUGAACUGGGAGAAAAGCUGAACGGGAUGUCCCUCGACUCUGUCUGGAACUUCCACGUGUGGAACGAUGUCUGGAUGAAGCGGACAGACCUGCCAGCAGGGUUUGAUGGCUGGCAGGCAAUCGAUGCAACCCCUCAGGAGCAAAGCCAAGGCAUUUUCCAGUGUGGUCCCUGCCCGCUGAAGGCUAUCCGAGAAGGGGAUGUCUAUCUGCCCUUCGACAGCAAGUUUGUGUAUGCAGAAGUGAAUGCUGACAAAGUCUACUGGGUGGUCAGGAAGGUGAACGGCAAGAAUAAGUACAUCAGGAUUAACACAGAGACCCAAGGCAUCGGCAUGAACAUCAGCACAAAAGCUGUGGGGCAGGACAAGCGGGAAGACAUCACCUGGCAGUACAAGUUCCCUGAAGGCUCUGAAGACGAGAGGAAAUCCAUGCAGAAAGCUUCCUCCUUCAUCCGCCCUUCAGGAAUGGUACCUCGUGCACGCUUCGCUUCGUCUGGGGGCCAUGUGAACCCCAAGCCUGCAGUCCUGCAGGAGACAGUCUCUGAGUCUGGGCUCCAGCUUGAGAUAAGCAGUAAAGCACCUCUGUAUCCUGGCAAUCCCUUUGAACUGGUCAUCCUUGUGAAGACCUCGACUCCUGGUAGCCGGACCAUCAACCUCGCCAGCUCCUGCCAGCUGCAGUCCUAUACUGGGAAAGUCGAGGCCAGCCUUGGACAUGUCAAGGAGACCGUCAAGCUUGAAGGCAAAUCUGAGGUGCAGGUCCCUCUGAACAUUGCAGCUGACGCAUACAUGAAGACACUGGCAUCAGUGGAAGAUGAAGUCCUCAUCCACGUCACUGCCAUUGCUGAGGUCCAAGGGACAGAUGACAAACUCACCAAGGAGAUGACAAUGAACUUUGAGUACCCCCCCAUCACUGUCCAGAUGCCAGAAACAGCCAAACUGAACAAGGAAUUCACCUGUGCCUUCAUCUUCAAGAACAAGCUGAACGUGCCCUUGGACAACUGCAAGCUGCUGGUGGAGGGCUUGGGCAUAUUUAAGAUGGCAACGUUUGAUCAGGGGGAUGUGAAGCCUGGCAGGAUCAUUAAGUCUGAAGUAAUCUGCACUCCAACCAGACUAGGAGAGAAGAAAAUAGUAGCCAAGCUCACCUCCAACCAGAUCAAAGAGAUCUCCACAGAGAAAGCCAUCACCAUUGUCGAGUAGGAUGGGUACAUCAGUGGGGCAGCCUCACUAAAGGCCUUUUGUAACCAAGUUGCAUGUAUCAGACACUUCCUGCCUCCUUCCUUGCUGGAUAGUACUGUUAAAGUAAAAAGCACAAAUCCCAUGAAGAGAACUAAACUGAUUGAAAGGGCACAGUUGUGUUGAUUGCAGUUGUGAUUCAAUAAAGAUGUUAAAAUCAA